UUAUUUGGGAUUUUAUUAGAUUUUAUCUUAAAGAUGCCAGGCAUAUCCUGAUUUAACAAUGAUUUCGUAAAUUUUAUGGAUGUAAUGUGAGUUGAAGAUAAAAAGAGCUGUUGUUGAAACAUUUAUAACAAUUACCUCGUCAUGCAUGUGACUCAUGCAAAUGUGAUCAUUUGCAUAUUAGUGUAUGUUGUCGGCAUUCAAGGCGAUGAUGGAAUUAAUACAUGCAUCACCCUGGCUGAUAGUCGAUCAAAUCGAUAUUUUCAUGCAUUUGAGUCACUGCCGCUGGUCAGUGAGCAUGCAUAUGGAUGUGCAUCGAAAGGUUCGGCAUCAGCGUUGAAUGAUACCUAUUGGGAAAACCAUGUCAUGAACGUUCAAAAUGACAGACCUGCUGAUAUCUACCUCAAUAUCAAUGGUAUCCAUCACCGGACCACAAAUUCACUGCCUCAUUACAAAGAGUACAAAUACGAGUUUGCACUUUAUUCUAAAAAAGACGUUAUAUGGCUUGUUUCGACGACAAACAUGCCAAAAAGUAGUGUUGAAUUCUCAUUUUAUUUAUCAAAAGAUUCUCGCAUAAUAUUUCUGGAUGAAGACAAUCAGUUCCGUUCUGUCAACAUUGAUUUGAAUGAAUCGUCUCGGCAGGAUUCAUCAAAACUUUUGAUCGUCUGCAGAAAGUAUUUCACGUCUGAUACUUCUGCCAGCUUGGAACCGAAGAUAACGUCUUUCACAGAGUUUGAUGUUUCGAAGAUUGCAACUGUCAAUGUUUUAAGUGGAUAUAAUAAAGAUUCACUUGAACCAGAACAUGGAAAUUUUACGGAAUGUAGAAAACUCGAAAAGACGUACGUUUCACCAUUAGUAUCAAUACAACAUUAUGAUGUCAAUGAACCAAAAUUUGUUUGUGAGAGAAACCAUAGCCUGACAAAACAAGUUUCACAAGAUCAAGCAUUUGUUUUGGAAUUAACUUCUCAUACGAAAUCUGAAACACAAACGCGGGUCGUUAAUUUGGAGAUCACAGGGAAGGAAAUAACUGCCAACUUGGAUGCUAAAACAAUUCUGGUUUUGCGUUCAACAACGGCUACAAUAUGGAAUAUAAGGGCCGUUGAUGACUUGAGAUUGAACAACUUCCUCUUCGUGUCUGAGAAACACGAUGAAAUACGGUUUGUUGAUUCGAUGAAGAAUUCGAUCAUUUCAUAUGAAGAUUUACAUGAAGAGGAAAAAGAUCCAAACAACUUUGAUAGAAUGUUUGAAACGUCACACAAUUGUACUGUUGUUUCGUAUUCUCAAUACAGUUUCCCUUCGGACUUGAUUUUCUUCACGUUAUCAGAUCAAUAUCAUGAGGUAUCAGAGGCAUCUCCAGUACUUGAUAUUGAUGAUUUGGACAGAAUUGCUCAUGAUAUUUAUAGUAAAGCAAAGAGUAGCUGUCAAGGAAGCAAUGACUGGAUAUUAAUGGUUCCAACAUCAGCUUUGAAUAAUUAUGGUUUGACAGAAAGUAACUUGAUGAUUAGUUACGAAGGUCAAGUUUGUGAUCCGAUUUCAAUUAAUAAAAAUAUCGAAUAUGUGUUGAACGAUUGCAAAAAAAUAAGAAAAGAUGGUAAUUAUGAAACUCAAAUGACAGUGAUAUUCAAGUUUGGUUUGGGACAUUUUUACUCAGUUAAAGGUGAAAAAUCAGAAACAACAAAAAAUCUCAUAUUAAUAUGUGACAGAGAUGUUGGAAAAGAUAACAACAAUGAUCAUGCAGUGAAGAAUCAUAUAAUAUCAAAGAUAACGUCCUCUUGUUCCACGGAUGUCAUGAGAAUAUCUAUUCCUACGGGAAUAUCGAAACAUUUAUUGCUGACUGGAAUACAAAAUUGUAAAUCGUCUGAAUUAAACGAUUCUUCAGAAUUUACUUUCGAUAGAAAUGCAGAAGAAACCUGCGGAGCGACUUUCGAAGAUGGCCUUUGUAAAAUUCGGAUUUCAGUUAGUCGUGAUGUAUUGGAUGGCGAAGAGGAUUUUAUCAUCUUAUCAUGUCGUGAUGCUUCUUCUACCGCUACAGUAGACUACAAAUUGGAUGUUUAUUACGAUUUCUCUCUCAAAGACAAAGUCAUCUUUCCAGCUACAGUCACUCAAGUUGAUGACAUCACAUAUCAUUUUAAGGUUUCUCUCAUUUCAAAUGACCCUUCGUUGACAAUUUAUCUAUCAGAAUGCUCUCUGAUUCGCAACCCUAUUGUGAAGAAGACAUUGAUCAGAAACAAUUGUCCUGCAGAUGAAAUUAUCAGUUUUAUCAGGCCAUUCGAUUCGUCUUCAACAAAUUAUCAGCAUUUUGCUGUGAAAGUUGGUGGACUUGUGAAAAAGUUUGGAAGUGCACGCGUUCAGUGUGAAGUGAGUUCUUGUACUACAGAUCCUGAUAGCAAUUGUGUGCCUACUGUACCACAGUGUUUUCAUCCACAUGGUGAUAGAUGCACCACAAAGAGUUAUCAAGAGCAGAUCAAUGUCGCUACGUAUUUGGAUGAAACUGUCAAGACUGGAGAGUUUCUCUACGUAGCAAACACAAGUCAACCUAUUGGUAAAUCUCCAUCUUUCCCAGCCAAAGGGGUACCACAUAAUGAGAAACAUAAUACCAAUGAGAAUGAUAUUACUCUCGGAAUCACUAGUUGGCCAAUCAUCUUGAUAUUGGCACUUGCUGCAUUUGCACUGGGUGCUAUUCUCAUUAGCGUUCUGUGGAGGAUUGAUAGGAGAUCGUAUUCUAAACCGAAGGGUCCUCGGACACCAGCUAGAAGCCGGGAAAGUAACAGCAGUGGAGAAAGUGGUGGUAGCAGGAGUACAAGUUCAACAAAAACAAAUGGAAGUUCUUUCAGUUCUCCGUUUUGCUUUAAGACACAUAAAGAAACGUGCCCCACGUCAUCUAAAGAUGAUUUAGAAAUGGAAACAAAUCCGUUAAUUAAAUCUUCUACCUCGAAAUCAACACAGCCUCAAAAUAUCAAAUCUCCGGAAAAGAAACCUCCAGAUCCUGUCAACAACGGAAAUCAGGUUACUAUGCGAGAUGAUCGAAAGUUAUACAUUCACGCAAAUGGUAACUACCAAAGGUUAAGAUUGAACACCACUUCGGUGAAAGAACAACCGACCAGCAAUGGCUCAGCGGUACAUGACCCAAACAUGAACAGCACUACUUCGUAUUUGCAUGAACCUCAGACCUCCGGUACGGCGAUUGUCCCAGACAGUGUCGUUUCAGAGCAGGUCAUCUCUUUAUAUAUACCUCACACUGACAACGACAAUAUGUCGUAUGUACGGCAAAACUCUGAGGUUGCCCCCCAAAAUAUUCACCUCUCGUCAACCGAAAAUUUUGACGUCACCAGUACCUCAAAACCAUCUUAUACAAACAGCAUUAUUCAGCCGCAAAACAACAGACGAACAUCAAUGAGUAUAGAAAUCGAUCCGCAGAGUCCUUUGUCUGCAAUAACUAAAGACGAAUUUGAUAAAUUAAAAGAGGUGAUGCUAUAAUUCCCCUUCUGACCUCACUUUUGAAUAUAAUCAAUAAUAAUAAUCAGUACAAAAGUUGUUUUAUUUUCUCACUAUAUUUUUUCUCUUAGUACAACAAAAGACGUAAUGCUUGUCUGCCUCCUGACCUCUGAAAUGUUUUAUUCUUUCUUCUUACUUUCAUCUUUAUUUUUUGAUGUUUUCACUAUUAAGACGCUUUCGAUGUGCUUUUUUUCUUCCGAACACAAUUGUUUUCUUAUUAAUCAUGACAUAAUUUGCUUUGAGCUCAAUGCAGCUCUUCUGCUUGUAGAAAUCUUAUUUGAAAAUACUUCAGAUCCCAUUGUUCAACCUGCUUUUGGUAGUUAUCAAAAAAGAAAGAUUUCUAAAUACUCCUUGUUCGAAUGAGGAGUGUUCAUAGAUUUGGACUUUAAAAAAUACAAAUUUAUUGCUGUUUUAAAGUAAAAUAAUCAAAUUUUUUUUCAUCUAGAGUUUCCAAUUUUACAGUCAUGACUUUUGUCAAAUCUUAAUGGGAUUAGAUAUAUGAUAGUUUUAUGGAAAAUAUGUCAGUACAGAUUAUUAAAAAUAAAAGGUAAUUGAAAACCAAGCAUCCAAAAUCCCAUACUAUUAGAGUAUCCACGCUCUUCCAGAUCUUAUACCAAUUUUACAAUGUUUGAGUUGAAGAUAAAUAUCAUGAAAUUUUACACACAAUAUUUUAAUCAUUUUUAUAUGUUUAUUAGUCAUAAAUGUUCCAUAAAAUCAAAGUUCCUGAUAUGAAAUAUAUAAAAAUUAAAAUUGAUACUAAUAGUUCCUAGAGUUCUCUUACUUUUUAUUCAGACAACACUUAUGUGUGUUUUACUAUACUUGCUAUGAUGUAUAUAUAUGGUUUUACUUUGAUUUUAUUCUAAACGGUUGAAAUAGUUGUCAUUUUUUUUUGUACUUCUCUUAGAAUCAGGGAUCUAUGGUGAAAUAAGUCACUAUGUUUCUGAUGGUUGAUUUUGUAUUUCUAUGUUGACUUGCUCAUAUUGUGUCGAGAAUUUAUAAAAAGUAUAACGCUUGUUCUCUAAUGAAUUUAGAAAAUUGCGUUUAUGGCAUAUAAAUAAGUCAAACUAAAAAAUGGUAGCUACCAAUGAGACUACCUCUGUUCUGUGGGUCAUCAUGUAUCAGAUUUUCACUUAUUUAAUAAACAAUUGAAUUUUUGUCCGAUGUCACAUUUUUAACUAAAUUACCACUGGAAAUAAUGAGCUAUUCCGGUGCUGCAAAAAAAAUUCACAAAGAGUUAUUACAUCUGCGCAACUCCUUUGACCAGUAUAAUAUUCUACCUCAUUUCCGCUGUUGUAUUUGACUAUUUUUAAUGAAAUGAUGUAUAUUAUAUGCUAUAAUUUAAUCAGCUUACUUUUCCCUUAUGAUUUGCAUACAUGAUAUUUGUUGAGAAGAAGGAAAAAGCAGAAUCCAGUUGUGACAAACAGAAUAUAGUAAAUUAAAGUUUUAGCGGCAGAAGCUACAAAAAUCCUUUUAUUGUCUAUUCUCUUGAUGAUAAAUGUUGAUUAUUUUAUGAAUAAAUAUAAGUUACGGACGAAGAGUAAUCUUCACAGUUAGUUUUUAUCAUAUUUUUCUGCUAAAGUUAUCUUUAAAAUAGCAGUAUGUUGUCAUAUUUGAUAUUUGGAAAAGUUUUUGAUUGUCCCUUUAUUUUUUAGUAUUGUCCUUUUAUAAGUUGUACAUAGUUGUUGUGAUGAAUUUUAGUGAAAGGAAAUGAUCUUUUUAAUCAUAUCUUUGUCAGCUUGUACAUUAAAUUGAAAAAUUGUCUUCCAUAUUAAUCAUUUCGAUUAUUCAACCAUCUAACCAUUAGCUCUAUGGAUCUACGUAGAUGGGAAUGUUUUAUACUCUGUUGAAAUGAAAGUUUCAUAUGAUCAUUUUUAGCAUAUUCAGAGAAAUAUAAUUUGUUUUUAGUGUUGAAAAUUAUGAAUUCCGUUAUAGAAAUAUAUAGAUGAGGACAUCCCAUGUUCAUUAUCACCUUGAUGGUGUUCAAACUCUAAAAGGUAGUCUCUAAUCUCUAAGUGAAGUUUCACAAUUUCAAGUUUUUGUCAUUUUUUUUCCAUUUAAAAUAUUAAAUGAUAUUCCUAAAAUAUUUUAAAACUUUGAUUAAUUAUGUAAGGAAUUUUAAACGAUUUCAAAUGUACAUAUCAUCUUAUUCAAAAGUUGUAUGAUAAUGCUAAUUAUUAACCAUUUCUACGUAUUUCAUUGUAUUCGAUAGAUAUGUCGUCAAUCCGGUGAAAUUGGGUGUCCUAUGUAUAUCUAGCGUCCUUUAUUUUUGCUCAGUGGUGGUUAUUAUAGGAAAUAUUCCUUCCAAUAUUUUUUCCUGACUCCAGUUCAAUUUGGGAUUCUUGACCUAAAAUUGUCGUCUGUUAUUUUUUAAAUUACUUUUUUUUUUUUUCAAAUUUUAUUAGUCAAACCGCUUUUAGUAAUUUGUUUCGGUUGUAAAACUAUGUAUUCUAAAAUACACUAAUUUCAAUAUUUUGAUUCCAACUUUUACUUAUAAAACGAACUCAAUCUGUCGUAAGAUGACAAUAUUUGGUCAACCUCCAUUCCUAUAUUUUCGUAGUUGUAUUAUUGGUAGCUGAGGAUAUUUUUUUAAUGUUACUAUUUUGUUCAUUUUUCCUGACUUUAUCAUACAUGUAGAAAUUUCACGAAGACUUAAUUAAAAGUAUUCAAUUUAAUAAUAAUUAUAGUCAGAGUGGGUUCAAAUAAGCCGAAAGCCCACAUCUCUAAUUGAAAUGCUUAUGAAAAUUAGUGAACUCAUUAUUACAAAAUAUUACCACUCUUGGUACUAUUUUCAGGUAAAGCUAAUGUAUUUUUUUAAUAAAACUCAGUUUUGAGUAUGAAUGACAUAAUGAUGUGGAGAUCACAGAUUUGAAAUUGUGUUCAUCAAUCAGUCUUUCAGGAUACUUAACCGAUUGGCAAUUUGGAAAGAAAGCGAUAUAUUUUGAAUCUGGUAGUUUCUAAAUGUCUACGACUUUUCUUGGUUUACUGUAUGCGAGCAUGCAUGUAGAUUACAUCAUGAAAUAUUAUUGCUUGUAAAAUGACUUGUCAAAUCAUAUUUUCAUAACAUAUCUCUGGAAAAAAUAUCAUCUUGUUGGAACAAAUUGAUCAUGAAAUAGGAUACUCUAGCUGGCAUUUGUGUGAAUAUAUCUUGAACCAACUGAUCAUCUGACUAUAGUUAUUAUAUCCUCAUAAGACGAAAUGACAGAAAAAUAAUAUUUACCGUAAUCGUUAUUGAAACGAAAAAUUGGUGCAAGACUAUUUUAUUUAUUGUAAAUUCUUUACAAUAAUAUUGUACCUCACACUUGCUAUUGUUAUCAAUCAGAAAUUUGAGAGCUUGUAUAUAUUGUUUUUUUAAUGUUGUCAUAGGUAUCAUGUAUUUUGGACUUACUGUACUUGCACUCCUGUUCCUUGUGUGUCGUGUCUAAUACAAUGAUAGUUGAUGUCCACAUGUCGCUGCAUAAUAUUGGUCAAUGCUCAUUGACAUUGAGUUCAAUAUGUUAAGUCACUUCACUUCGGAAUUUUGUGUUAUAUGUUAUUCCCAUUCCAAUUGUUAAAUUCAUCAUUUGAAGACGAUUGUCACAUUCAAAGUUUGGUUGUGACUUAAGAUUGUGAGCUCAUGUGGACUGUCAAAUUUUCAGGUCAUGUUACUCAUAGCUGUUUUUAAACUUUAUCAAUUGGCACUGCUUUAGGUGCCUUCUGCCAUUCGCCCACUGCUUUAUACCGAUGUUAUCAGGGACGCAUGGUGCUACUGGUCAAAUGCUUAUAUUUGUAGAAGUCUAUUUUUAGUUACGCUCAAGUUUCAUAGAAAAAUGAUAGUUGUUUGGAGUUUUUUUUCAUAAAAUGAUUAAAUCAUUUUUUAGUUAUCAGUCACGUUAUAUAAUAAAAAUGUUAUUUGACUCUUUUGUUCCCUAUUCAACUUUGAAUCUUUAAAUCAAUACAUAAUGCGAUUAACUUGUGGUAUUUGGCAAAUUCAACCCCUGAUUCUGUGGGAAAGUAAUGAUUUAUUCGGCUAUAAAAUAAUAUUAUCACUUUUCUGAUAUUUCAACUUGGUAAAAUAAUCAUUUUUGCUGCAGACAUUGUCUGAUGUAACAAGUUAUAAAAAUCGGACUCAUUUCGAUUCUCAGCUAGUCCGGUUUUGUUAUUGCGGAUUGGCUCCUCAACAAAUACAACAUGAUUUUUGAUACUUGUGCAGUUAUCUAUAUUUUUGUAACAUACCUCAAUCGAUGUCCCUCAGACUUGAUUACUUUUUCUCAAAAUGCCAUUAUCAACAAAACGACUUUUUUCUUUUAUACACGGCGAUCGUGCAUAUAUUUAUUGUUGUUGUUGUUCAUGUUGUUGUUAUUGUUUCUUUUUAUCACUAACACUUAGUUACAACAUGGUUCAAAAAGCUACUGAGAAUGGGCACAGAAACUGAUGCAACAGCUUGUAUUAUCAUUGAACAAGCUAUUCACAGUUCAUUAAAAAUGUAUGUUGACUAGUACCUACUGAGCUUUAUUUGUGGCCCUCCACCCACUUUUAUAAGAAAAACUUCCAUAAUUUAUAUGUCCUUCUGGUAAGCAAUUGCGGAAGAGAAAAUAUAAUAGUAUUGUCUCGGUUUAUCAAGACGUGUAUGGAGGAUCUCAUGUUGUGGACUACCCCUGAAAAUUGAAAUUUUCAUUUGACACAAAUCAUGGAAUAGAAACAGCCUAAAUGAGUUACUGUGCAUAUUUCUGUUCUCGAUAAAAUUGAAGUUAUUUUAGAAAUUCAAUAGUUGAACAUCAGCUUUUUUCUGCUAAAAUAUUCGAAAAGUUUUCUCACAAAUUCCUAAUCAGCAUCACUCUCAGUAUCUUGUACUUAACUUCCAGCAUCAUUAUUCUUAAACAUAGUAAAAUGCUCCGUUAAUAUUUUGCCCACAUUUUUACACUGGUGUCACUAUCACAUUAUGACACCGUUUUUAUUAUCAUUGUGUCAUAAUAAAGAAGUAGAAAGUACAGA